GGAAGAUAUUCGUCUUCCUUGGAAGCAGAUAAAAGGGUGUAAUCUUGCUGUUUCUUUAAGAUUGCCCUUUUUCUAAAAAAAAUAAUUGACUUCAUAUUUAAAUUGAAUUGAUUAAGUUUUCAAAUUCAAUCAAAUACAAAGAGUAAAGAAGGGUGAUCUAGUACGUGAUGGUGGUGUUGAUUUAUGUGGCUAAACGAAACGCGUUCACUUGUUGAAUUAAGGUGUCCCCAUCACCGCAUCUUCAUUUGCCCUUAUUCAGACGCCAUUGAUUCAAAGCCUAAAGUCUUGUGUUUUCUCUUUUCCACCUUCACGUUCUUCUAGAUUCUCUCAUUUCUCUCCCUUCUCUACUCUAUUCAAUACCCUCUGUUAAACAUCCCUUUCCCCCUUCCUGUCCUUCCUCUUUCUUUCCUUUUAUCUUUGCUUUUCAUUUAUAACUUACCAAGUUUUUGCUUUUGUUUUUCUUCCAGUGUUUUAUUACUUGGAAUCUGAUAAAAAAUGGAAUAUGAAGAUCAGAUCAACCAGGCCAUGGACCCCAAAUACGAAUGUCUUUUAUUUGAUCUAGACGACACUCUUUAUCCUCUGACUUCUGGUAUAUCAAGUGAAGUUACCAAGAACAUUCAAGAAUAUAUGAUUAAGAAGCUUGGAAUCAAGGAAAAUGUUCCUGAAUUAUGUGUUUCACUGUAUAAGCAUUAUGGCACAACAAUGGCUGGUUUAAAGGCUAUUGGUUAUAACUUUGAGUAUGAUGAUUUUCAUAGUUUCGUUCAUGGGAGACUGCCCUAUGCAAUGCUAAAACCUGACCCUGUUUUAAGGAAUCUCUUGCUUAGCAUACCAAUUCGGAAAAUAAUUUUCACCAAUGCAGAUAAGAACCAUGCUGUCAGGGUGCUCAACAGGUUGGGAUUGGAGGACUGCGUCGAAGGGAUUAUAUGUUUCGAGACUCUGAAUCCCAUAAACAAAGAAAACCCUUCAGCUGCUGAUGAUAUCAAACCAGACACUGCCAUUCUUGACAUCAAUGGAUACUGCAGUGCUGUUCUUGAUUCUGAGCUUAAGCUUCCAAGUACUCCUGUUGUCUGCAAACCAUUCGAGAACGCAUUCGAACAAGUUUUUAAGAUUGCCAAAAUCAACCCUCAGAAAACGUUGUUUUUUGAUGACAGCAUCCGCAAUCUACAAACUGGUAAAAAGAUGGGCCUUCACGCUGUGUGGGUCGGAACUUCUCACCGGACCGACGGUGUGGAUUAUGCCUUAGAGAGCAUCCACAAUAUCCGGGAAGCAUUGCCUGAGCUCUGGGAAGCUACAGAUGAGAAGACUAAGAACAUUCGGUAUUCCGGCAAGAUCUCCAUUGAGACAACUGUUAGAGCUUAGCUCUUUUAGAUCAUAUAUAUUCACUGGUCUUUCACAAUAACCGUUCUAUUUUGUAACCAUGUAAGACAAUGAAUCUAAAAAAACUUAAUAAUAAAAUAAAAUUGCUCCCAUCCUAUCAUUUGGUUGUAAAAAAAACUCAGUUUCUUCUUCGUCCUACUGGUCUAAGUAAAAAGGAACAAUCAAAACCUUAUAUAUAUAUAUAUA